AUGUGCAUAAAGUUUGCAGAGCUGGAGAGAAGCUUGAGACAGUCUACAAGUAGGCAUCUCAGUACGCUGAUCCAAGGUCAGACCCAGAGUUCUGGAACAAGUGGCACGAGUUUGAGUCAGACUCAUUUCAUUCUCCUGGAGAACAUGAUGGAACGGGACAAGAUGGUGGAUCUGGAGGAGGGCAAAGACGAGCUGAAGAAAGCAGGUUUGGCGGAAGAUGAAAUGGAGGCACUGGAGCGGCAGCUCAUGGCGGCUCCAGUGUCUACCACGGUUACAGUGAAAGAUGGGGUUAUCUCACAGUCAGGUGAGAAUGAGGGGAAGCCAGUGAUGGGGAAUGGUGAAGACAGAGUAGAGAUUGCUCAGAAAGAAGUCCCUGCUGCUGUGUUUGGAGGACUUGUCAGAAAGAGAGAGGAAGAAGAUCAGUAA